GUGAAAUCUAAGCAAGCUCCUCUCUCUAGGGUUUUAGCUCGGCCGCAUCUCUCUCCCUACCUUCUCUGUGCAGGAUCCUUCCUCUCUCUCUCUGCAGGAGCAUCAAUGGCGGUAGUACCUCAGCCCGAAGUAAAGCUCUUCAAUCGGUGGUCCUUCGAGGAGGUGGAGGUCAGUGAUAUAUCCCUAGCGGAUUACGUUGCUGUUAAUCCUUCCAAACAUGCCACAUUCGUCCCCCAUACUGCUGGACGAUACUCUGUCAAAAGGUUCCGUAAGGCUCAGUGCCCAAUUAUUGAGAGGUUGACAAACUCGCUGAUGAUGCAUGGUCGCAACAACGGUAAGAAACUGAUGGCAGUUCGCAUCGUGAAGCAUGCAAUGGAGAUUAUUCAUCUCCUUACUGAUCAAAAUCCAAUCCAAGUAAUUGUUGAUGCGGUCAUAAACAGUGGGCCGAGGGAAGAUGCUACUCGGAUUGGUUCAGCUGGUGUUGUAAGACGUCAGGCGGUCGAUAUCUCCCCGUUGAGGAGAGUCAACCAGGCAAUAUACCUUCUCACCACAGGCGCACGUGAGAGCGCCUUCAGGAACAUCAAAACAAUCGCUGAGUGCCUUGCUGAUGAGCUCAUCAAUGCAGCUAAGGGUUCUUCCAACAGCUAUGCAAUUAAGAAGAAGGAUGAGAUUGAACGAGUUGCCAAGGCAAACCGUUGAUUCAGAUGGUCUCCUGAGCAAAAGCUACUUUGUAGGGAACGCAUUUUACGUCCCAUGAUGUCUUAUUUAUUAUCUAACGGUUUGCAAGAACAGUUUUGGUUUUACUUAUGAAGAGUGAGAAGUACUUUGCUUAAGCAAAUUUAGGUUAAAAGGCUUAAAUUAGUUAUGUUUUGAAUUCUUUUUUGUUUUCCUUCUUUCUUUUUUCCUUCUUUACCUGUUUGGUUUGCUAUUUCUACACUCUGGAAAUUUUAUGAAUUCACCUAUAAUUGGAUUUUGAUGGCAUGGCCAUUUUUUCUUAUC